UCGUUGCAAGUUUCUGUUUAAUCUGCAUUUUCAAAGAGCUUAUUGGCUUUUCAUUGGCUUAUGAGGCUUAUGAGGGUCGUUCUAUCUCACCGUGGAGAUUUGUUGAGAAUUUGAGUUAUUUUUCAUCUGGUUUCCAUAAGUAUCAGCAAGAAGAUGCUCACGAAUUCUUGCAAUGCUUUCUCAAUAGGCUUGAAAGCCGAUGCUGUGACGUUGUCCAACAAGUUUUUGGCGGCCGGCUUGUCAGCAAGCUUCGCUAUUUUUCAUCUGGUUUCCAUAAGUAUCAGCAAGAAGAUGCUCACGAAUUCUUGCAAUGCUUUCUCAAUAGGCUUGAAAGCCGAUGCAGUGACGUUGUCCAACAAGUUUUUGGCGGCCGGCUUGUCAGCAAGCUUCGCUGUUGCAACUGCGGCCACUUCUCCAACACUUACGAGCCUCUCAUAGACGUGAGUCUGGAGAUCAAAGAUGCCGACAGCUUGCAUUCAGCGUUGGAGUCUUUUACUCGAGUUGAGAAACUUGACGAUCCAGAGAUCAAGUAUACUUGUGAAAGAUGUAAGGCGCAAGUCUCAAUUGAGAAGAAGUUGAUGAUAGAUUCCGCCCCCUCCGUUGCUGUGUUUCAUUUGAAGCGAUUCCAGAAUGAUGGUUCAGUUGUGUGGAAGGUUGACAAGCAUGUCUCCUUUCCGGUGGAGCUGGACUUGCUUCCUUACACCGAUAACAACCAAACCAAUAAUGAACAAAUGAAGUACAAUCUUUAUGCAGUUAUAGUGCACGCCGGGUCUACAUCCAGUUCGGGACACUAUUACUGCUUCAUUUGUGCUGAACCAAAUGAAUGGUACAAAUUUGAUGACACGAUGAUUUCUAGGGUUCAAGAAGAUGUUGUUUUGGCUGAAGAAGCAUAUAUUAUGUUUUAUGCAAAGAGAGACACUCUGUGGUUUUCAGAUUUCAUUGCACUUGAAGCUAUCAACUCUUCAUAUUUCAUUGAACUCAAGAAAACUGUGGAUAAUGAAUUGAAGAAGACUGUACAAACAUCGUAUACUCCAGGACCGCCUAGUGCUAUUUACUCUUUGCUAGAAAACAAUGCUUCUCAGGACAUCGGCAGGACCGAAAGAAUGGCACCCUUGUUGCCCAAGUCACCAUCUAGAUCUCAAAGUACACUAGAUCAGGAUGCUAGCAAAAAUCAAUGGCAGAUGGAUCCAGAACAAGAGACGGAAAUAAUGAUGGCAUGUUCUAUGAUUAAGCGAAGAGUUCCAGGACCAAGAGGUGAAGAACUCAUGACUGCAUUAUGCAGAUUAGGCAGCCGUGGAAGUUCUCUGAGUAGAAAGGAUGAUGGAAGUUCAGUUGAUUGA